AUGCAAGGGAAAUCCUCUGAGAAGCCGGAACCGCUGCACGCCGCAUCCCGCAUCGGCAGUGUCUCUGAGGGCCAGGUCAGAAGCCCAUCCAGCAGGAGCAGCACUUCGUCCUGGAGCGAGGAGCCGGCCGCCACAAACAUGGACAUCUCAACGGGCCACAUCGUUCUGUCUUACAUGGAAGAUCACCUGAAGAACCAAGACCGUCUCGACCAGGAAUGGGAGGCAGUCAGUAGUUACGUGGCCGACCCAUCCAGCACCAAAGUGGCAACUGACCAGAGCAACAUGCGCAAGAACCGUUUCGGGGACAUCCUCCCAU